UGACGCCAAUUGGUUGCGGCUCUGUCUAGGCCCCGCCUUCUCUCCUCUCCAAUUGGGUGCUGCCCACUCCAGGCACUCUGGCCGCACCCCCAUCGUAGCAUGGCUUCUUCACCGCCGCUCCCCAGGAAGAACUCGGAGUACCGGGAGGCCCGGUACUGGGACGAGCGCUACCGGCACGCACUAGACGCCGCCCCCUACGAGUGGUUCGGCAGCUACGAGGCCUUCCGGGACCUCUUGGAGCCCGAGCUGCACCCGGAGGACCGGAUCCUAGUGCUGGGCUGUGGGAACAGUGCCCUGAGCUACGAGCUCUUCUGUGGGGGCUUCCCCAACGUGCUCAGUGUGGAUUACUCUCCCGUGGUGGUGGCUGCUAUGAGGGAGCGCUACGCCCACGUGCCUGCGUUGCGCUGGGAAACGAUGGACGCCCGAGCUCUCCGUUCCCCCCCUGGCACCUUUGACGUGGUGCUGGAGAAGGGCACCCUGGAUGCUCUGCUGGCUGGGGAGCGAGACCCCUGGACCGUGUCCCCGGAGGGCAUUCAGACUGUGGACCAAGUCCUCAGUGAGAUGUUGGAGUACAAACGGGCUACGCUUGGAGAUGAGGAGGCCCCGGAGCCUUCGCCAGAUGGCCUCGCCUCUCCAGACGCUCUGGAGGUGGGCUUCCGAAAAAGGUCAGGACAUCUCCUGAGCUCCCGGACACAGCUGGAACUGACCUUGAUGGGCAUCUCGCUGCUGCUGGGCGUCUUGCUCUUGGGUUGUUCCAUUUCCCUGGGGGUCCAGUACAAACAAGCCACAGUUGGGUUAAAUAACACCUGCCUGACAGAAGCCUGCAUUCGAGUGGCCGGCAAGAUCCUCGAGUCCCUGGACCGGGAGGUGAGCCCCUGUGAGGACUUUUACCAAUUCUCCUGUGGGGGUUGGAUGCGGCGGAACCCACUGCCUGAUGGACGUUCCAGGUGGAAUACCUUCAACAGUCUCUGGGACCAGAAUCAGGCUGUCUUGAAACAUUUACUUGAGAACGAGACCUUCAACUCCAGCAGCGAGGCAGAGCGCAAGACGCAGCGCUACUAUCUCUCCUGCCUGCGGGAGCAGCGGAUCGAAGAGCUGGGCGCCCAGCCCCUCCGGGACCUCAUUGACAAGAUCGGAGGCUGGAACAUCACGGGACCCUGGGCCCAGGACAACUUCAUGGACGUUUUAAAGACGGUGUCUGGGACCUACCGGGCCAGCCCCUUCUUCACGGUCUAUGUCAGUGCUGACGCCAAGAGCUCUAACAGCAACGUGAUUCAGGUGGAUCAGUCGGGCCUCUUUCUGCCUUCCAGGGAUUACUACCUGAACCGAACGGCCAAUGAGAAAGUGCUGGCCGCCUACCUGGACUACAUGGUGGAACUGGGCACUCUACUGGGAGGUGACCCUGACUCCACGAGGGAGCAGAUGCAGCAGGUGAUAGAGCUGGAAAUGGAGCUGGCCAACAUCACGGUCCCCCAGGAUCAGCGUCGGGACGAGGAAAAGAUCUACAACAAGAUGAGCAUCUCUGAGCUCCAGGCCCUGGCCCCUUCUGUGGAGUGGCUGGACUUCCUGUCUUUCGCCCUGUCCCCGCUGGAGUUGGGCGACGCAGAGCCCGUGGUGGUCUAUGGGACCGACUAUCUGCAGCAGGUGUCGGAGCUCAUCAAUCGUACAGAGAGAAGCAUUCUGAACAAUUACUUGGUUUGGAACCUUGUCCAGAAGACCGCCUCCAGCCUGGACCGGCGCUUUGAGGCGGCGCAGGAGAAGCUGAUGGAGACUCUCUACGGCACAAAGAAGUCUUGUACCCCCCGGUGGCAGACCUGCAUCUCCAACACUGACGACGCUCUCGGCUUUGCCCUGGGUUCCCUUUUCGUGAAGGCCAUGUUUGACAGAGAAAGCAAAGAGAUUGCAGAAGGGAUGAUCAGCGAGAUAAGGACAGCCUUUGAAGAAGCUCUGGGACACCUGGUUUGGAUGGAUGAAAAGACACGGCAGGCGGCCAAAGAGAAAGCGGAUGCCAUCUACGACAUGAUCGGCUUCCCCGAGUUUAUCUUGGACCCCAAAGAGUUGGAUGACGUCUAUGAUGGUUAUGAAGUUUCAGAAGAUUCCUUCUUCCAGAAUAUGUUGAAUUUGUACAACUUUUCUGCCAAAGUGAUGGCCGACCAGCUUCGCAAGCCCCCCAAUCGGGACCAAUGGAGCAUGACCCCACAGACAGUGAAUGCCUACUAUCUUCCAACCAAGAAUGAGAUUGUCUUCCCAGCUGGCAUUCUGCAGGCCCCCUUCUACGCCCGUAGCCACCCCAAGGCCUUGAACUUUGGAGGCAUCGGAGUGGUGAUGGGUCACGAACUGACACAUGCCUUUGACGACCAAGGACGGGAGUAUGACAAAGAGGGGAACCUCCGACCCUGGUGGCAGAACGAGUCCCUGGCGGCUUUUCAGAACCACACGGCUUGUAUGGAGGAGCAGUACGGACGGUACCAGGUCAAUGGUGAGCGGCUCAAUGGACGGCAGACGUUAGGCGAGAACAUUGCUGACAAUGGGGGUCUCAAGGCCGCCUACAAUGCUUACAAAGCGUGGUUGAGGAAGCAUGGGGAGGAGCAGCACCUCCCGGCCGUGGGAUUCACCAACCACCAGCUCUUCUUUGUGGGAUUUGCCCAGGUCUGGUGCUCGGUGCGGACCCCCGAGAGCUCCCACGAGGGCCUGGUGACAGACCCCCACAGCCCCGCCCGCUUCCGAGUGCUGGGGACGCUCUCCAACUCCCGGGAUUUCCUUCGACACUUCGACUGCCCUGUCGGCUCUCCCAUGAAUCCCGGGCAACUCUGUGAGGUGUGGUAGGACCAGGAGCGGGCGGUGCCCUCGGAAAGCCCCCCCUCCAGUCCCUUCCCCUUCCCAGGGAGCCAGACCCCUGUGUCCUCUCCCCGGAGAUCAGGAAGCCGCGAAAGCCGAGUGAGACCCGACCCUCGCUUCCCUCUGCUGGGUGGGCCCUCUCUGGAGCCCCCAGUCCUGACCCAUUUUCCUCAACCACCACGAUGUGCCGCUGGUUGGAGGUGGCCAGGCCCCUCCCUCCUUCACUGUGACAGCCCCCCUUCCUGCGCAGGUGGGCCGGGCAUCCCGGGGUGGGUGUGGGGCCGUGCCUGGGGGGGGGGGGGCUUGCAAAGGCUUGGGAUUGAGGGGAUCUCUCUGACCAGGAUCCAAGUCCUUUCCCUCCUGCAUUAACCCACUAAGGGGCCUUGUGGUCAGCUGGCUCGGGAGCUACGAGACUGUGAACUCUCUGAGGUUUGAAGGGACGCAGAAGAGUAGGCCCCGGGCCCUGCGGCCUCCCUGAAGAACUCCUUGCCCCUCCUCAGGACCCCCGGCCUGGCGGGGUCUCCAUUGAGUCCCUGCCUCAGGUCCUUAGGUCCCACCCGGACCCCACCCCCACCCCGUCCCCCGCAUUGGGAGGUGACCCUUGUGGGGCAACUCCCAGAUGCUCCCCCCCCCCCCCCCCCCCCCCCACCGUCAGCUUUGAGGCGGAGCCUUUGCAGGCCAUAUCCUGGUUCAAGCUGCCAAGGAAGGGAUUGGAGGGAACGGGGACAACCACAGUGUCUUAGGGCCCCGGGCUUGGGGUGUCCUCCAGAAAUUGGGGGGAUGAGGCAGGAGGGGCGGGGGUGGGGCAGAGUUUAUUUUUACACGAACGGUGGGAGGGGAAGACCCUGUGCCAAUAAACAGUUGUAACUCACACCUGCUUCCUUCUUUGUUGCUGCCUUCGGCCCAAGCGCCUCCACUUUCCCGCAGCCUUUCCAACAAACAAAGGGCUGGAGACCAGGCUCUUCUCUGGGCACGGCCCAUGGGCUGGCACUGAAAGUCCUCCCCAUGACCCAGUCCUCCCACUGCAGAAAUGGUCCUGCCCCAGCUGGGCCCCUUCCUCACUCCUGAAAGGCCCUUCUCUUCCCUUUGCACCCGUCCCUCCGCCCUGUAACCCCAAAUCCUGUGUGAGGGUUUCACCAUCCCCUCCACUCUCUCCUGGUCUCGUCCCCUCCCUGGCUACACUCUCCUUCCUCCAUCAUCAGCCCUUGGGCUACACCUCCCCUAAUCCUAUCUCUGUAAAGCCCUCAAUGGCCUGGAAGGCCUUUAAACUCUUCAUAUCAGAUUGCUUGUCAGCCCUGGGGAGGGGAAAAGGGAGGGAGAACA